CUCAAAUUUCGAACAGCCGCUCCGUAACAGCUAGAGAUGAUUCACUCGUCCUGGCGACCCGAUAUACCUACAUUCGAUCAAUUUAUGCUAUAGCGUGUUCUCCUCCACACUCCUUCCUUUUCAUGUCAUAUCACAAUGAUUCAGAGAAGGAGUAGCGCUGCAACGAAGACACCUGCUGCUAAAAAGAAAUCCAAACGGAAGAACAAACGGCAGACUCUUGCGCUGGGGGGUCCCCAAAAAAGCACCCUUCAUACUGCUGUAGACAAUCGGCCGAGCCUUCCGUCCCUUGCGCAACUAAACAAUGAAGGAUCAAAUAUUUCCGCACUGGAGGAUGGCCAAUGUCUCGCAUGGUCAGCCAACCUCAAAUUCGUUCCAGAGCGAAUGGGAAAUCUUCAUGCUUGCGUUCAAGGAUUGAAGAGGCGCCCCGACAUCAUUGCAAUUCAAGACCCCCCACUCGAUUUCCCUUUCAUCGCAUUCCCUGGGUAUUCGCGUUGGUACCGCGCAGAUGAUGAGAAGAAAAAGGAGGUGACCGAGGAGGACAAAUCGACAUACCGCCCGUACCGAUUUCGGUAUAGUCGCGACCCGAUACCCGAGAAGAAAGAACCCACAAAGUUGGCUAAGGUCGCUUUCCUGAUCCAUGAAGCCCUCAAUGGUUGGAGUGUCAGUCAACCAGAGGACGAAAACCGUGGCAUUGUAGCUACACUACACCUCGAAACACGAGACGGCAGCUCGAUCGCGUUCCACAAUGUUUAUAACCACGAGAAGAGAUUAGAUGUUGAAGCUCUCACCGAGCCCUGUCUGGAUGAAACCAAAGCACACGUAUUACUCGGAGACUUCAAUCUACACCAUCCACUGUGGGGCGGAGGUCAACUGAAGAGGCGCAACAUUGAGGCGAAGGCUAAGUUACUUGUCGAGAAGGUGAACGAUGUCAAUAUGAUAUGUCUCAACGAACCAGGUAUCGUUACCUUUUCACGUGGCACGCAAUCCGGAGGUAAGGAUACAAGCGUGGUGGAUCUAGUCUUCGUAAGUGAAGUCAUUACUGAUCAGGUGCAAUACAAACUUCUCGACAAGGUUAAGGGUUUCGAAUCUGACCAUCGCAUUUCUACGGUGGCCAUCAAUCUCAAAAUGGAGAGAAAGACUGGAAUCCGCUACGUCUGGCGUCUCACUCCGGAGAAAAAAUUCCAGAAACUAGUUGCGAAAGAGUUGGAAAAAAUCGACCUCCCGCACCUCCCUGACGAGCAUCGCACAGUCGAAAUACUGGAUGCUGUUAUUAACAAGGUUCUGGUGCCUGCCAUCCAGGAAUUCGUCCCCGUCGUUCAAGUCUACGAGCCCGAGGUGAAGGUUAAUGUCCAACCUUCCUAUAGUACCGAUCGCACCAAAUGGGGUAUGCCCAAGAGACUGGCUUAUACUCCAGACUUUCAAUAUUUGACCAAUACCUACCGAUCCAACUCGGACAAGGCCGACUGUUUUGUGAUGGCCACGUGGACCAAAGCUAGGAAGAAGUCCCUGCCUCGGAAAUCAGUACCCACGGCCAGCCCGGAUGACGAAACAAGUACCGUAGGUUGACCCUGUUUUCCUCGACGACUUCAUGUGGGCUAACUUAAUGUAGGAUACGGAUGAUCAACAGAACUCCUGGUUCUCUACGAAUAUACCUCCUCUCUCCGCCACCAAACCCGAUUUUCCUCUUCCCGCUC